GAAUCGAGAUUACACCUUUUAUCUUAGUAAUAGCAACCACUGAUGAAGGAAGUGCACUCAAGUCAGAACCAACUAAAUUGAUUUACGAUUUAGCUAAAAUCCAUGGUGAAAUUUUCGAAAUCAGGGUCGGUUUACAACGUCAGAUAGUACUGAGCAGUGCAGAAUUAAUUGAACAACUUAAUGUUCCAUCCGCAAAUGGUAAUUUCAUUAUUCGUUAUGCGUAUCAUGAAGGUUUGGAAGCAUGGGGAACUGAUACCGGGAUUACAUUUAAUCAAGUUGGCGAUUUAAUCGAAAGAAUGGAACAUUAUUGGAAGGAAUUGGGUUCAGAUUGUGUUUUGGACUUGAAUGCUUAG